CUCUCAGGGCUAUGGGAGAUGCCAAGGAAUCCAGAAUGCAAAUAACACCGGCGACUCCAGGGAGGAUUCCUGUUUUAAAUCCCUUUGAAAGUCCUGGCGAUUAUUGCAAUCUCCAUGAACAGACUCUCUCCAGCCCUUCUGUGUUUAAGUCCACAAAGUUACCAACUCCGGAGAAAUUUAGAUGGUCUAUUGAUCAACUAGCCGUAAUAAAUCCUGUAGAAAUAGACCCAGAAGACAUUCAUCGUCAGGCUUUAUAUUUAAGUCGUUCUCGAAUAGAUAAAGAUGUGGAAGACAAAAGACAAAAAGCCAUUGAAGAGUUUUUCACGAAAGACGUCAUUGUACCUUCUCCUUGGACAGAUCAUGAAGGAAAACAGCUUACAGAGAAGCAUUCCAAUAAAUGCAUUAAUGUAAAUAAUGAAUCUCCUGUUGGAAGAAAGCUGACAGCACAAUCUGAGAAAAUUAAUGCUGCUUGUCAGACGCUGCUGUCUCUUCCUGUGGAUUUUAAUUUAGAAAAUGUAUUAGGUGACUAUUUUAGAGCUGAUGAAUUUGCAGAUCAGUCUCCCGGAAACCUCAGUUCUUCUUCUCUUAGAAGGAAGCUGUUUUUAGAUGGCAACGGAAGCAUCUCUGACUCUUUAUCUCCUCCGUCUCCCAGGAGUCCUCGUAGUGGGACUCAGGCAUCACUUGAGGUCUUUUAUUCAAUAGAUUUAUCUCCUGUGCCAUGUAAGAGCCCAGAGCAGACGCCAAGUUCGGGCCAAUUCUCUUCGAGCCCUAUUCAGGGCAGCACAAAGAAAUACAGUUUGGGAAGCAUAGCCAGUCCUUCACCUAUUUCUUCACCCAGUUUCUCACCUGUUGCGUUUCAAAUAGGAAAAACGCCACUCUCAGACCAAAGGAAGUUGACUUCACACUCACCCGAUGCUUCGUCUGGGGCAAAUGCGAAUGGAAUCACCAACCCCUGUGUCCGAAGCCCGUACAUAGACGGCUGCUCACCAAUUAAAAAUUGGUCUCCGAUGAGACUCGAGAUGUAUCAAGGCGGAACUCAGUAUCGGACGUCACUGAUCCGCAUACCAUUCACCCUUGAGACGCAUAGUGAAGACGAAGAAGAUAAAGCCAAUAGUCUGUCCACUGUAACUUCAUCCCCAGCCAUGGACACCAAUGGCCUCCAUCUGAGGCCGGUGAACGGUGAUGUGUCUCCACACUGCUCACAUUUGGUGCUGACCACCAUGUCUAUCACGCAGAGCCAGUCCAGCGCCUCUGAGAAAGAGUUGGCCCUGCUGCAGGGGGCCGAACGGGAAAAGGAGAAUGAUACGGUAGAUAUGGUGGACCCCAUAGAGAUAGCAGACGACAACACCUGGGUGAAGGAGCCCGUUGGGAACGGCAGCUUGCCCAUGACGGAGUUUGUGAGCGGGAUUGCCUUCAAUAUUGAAAACUCGCAUAUGUGCAUGUCACCUCUUGCAGAAAGCAGCGUCAUUCCUUGUGAAAACAGCACUAUUCAGAUGGACAGUGGCUAUAAUACACACAGUUGUGGAAGCAAUAUGAUGGAUACGGUUGCAACCGAAAGUUACUGCAAGGAAAGUGAUGUACAGAGCUUGGAAGUUGAAAAUAAGUCUCAAGUUUUUACAAAGGACCGUGUAACACCGAGGUGUUGGAGGAAAACAGGAGAUGUUGCUCGGUGCAGCAGCCCGUGAAAUACCUCUCUGAAGCAGAUGCUGCGGGGCAGCUCGUCGCUUAUUGUCCGUGCACAUGAUCAAUAAUGUGAUUGUGAUUGGGGGAAAAAGAGCUUCAACGUGGUUAGCUUUAUCUUUCCUUCCUUAAUGUGAAAAAAAUCAAAGGCUUAAUUUAGUGAUACAGGAACAAUUGAAAAGCUCCUGGAACUUUUCAACAAUUGAAAACCAA